AUGCUUCAUUAUGAGGAGAUUCCACCACCAACCAUUGCUGCUGUGGGUGAGGCCCAAUCCCCUUCACAAUCUAGUGAGCCACCUCCUGCCUCCACUGAUGUACCAUCCAUUAUAGAGCCAGCCGGUCCCCCAACUUCUCUGCUUGCGACAAUAAAGUCUCUGAAGGUGGAGCAAGGCCAGCUUGCUUCUCAUGUGACGGCGGUACUUGUCCUACAUGUAGAUAUCCCAGUGCCUCUGGCACCUCUUCACAUGAUUACAGCACAUGCUCCCCCACGUGCAUCUGCUCUAUCUGCAGCUCCUCCCUUGCAUACUCCGCCAGCUACACCCACACUACCACAACCUUCUCCAACUACUAGCAUGCCACCCUUUGCUCCAGCUUCACCUGAGUCACCGAUGGUGUCUGGCAGUUUCUCUUAUGAGGGUGGGUCUGCUUCGAGCCCGCGAUUUGAUGCGGCUUACCAAUCUGACAUCAUUACACCAUAUGAUAAGUUCAGCGAUCUCAGGGGCGGCAAUUUCAAUUAUGACGUUGGUUGGUCUAAUGAGAAGGAUUAG